CGCUUUUCUGAAAUCUUAAAAUGAUGAUGUUGAUGAUGAUAAAAUUUUCAAUUACGUGGUAAUUAUUGUUACUACAAGCUAUAAGAGUAGCUAGCUUAUGAAUCUAGAUUUUUUGCUGUUUUUGGAUUUAUUAAGAAAAUUACGCAGAACCAAAAGAAGAAGAAAACAAAAAUUACGACAAUGAAUCGCUGGACAAUUAUUUUUGUUUUAAACAUCAUCAUCAUCAUAGUCAUAUCGACUUGUGGUAUAAUGGUUAAAGCGGAAAAAAAUCAUUCCCCAAAAAUGAUUCCCGGUUAUCAUUAUAAUACGGAAAAAUUUCUACGGAAACUUUUGAAACUAGUACCAAAUGAUCCUGCCGGGAAAUUUAUGAAACGUUUUAUUCCAAUAUUUCAUCAUCAUCAUUAUCAAUAUUAUCAAAGACAAAGACUCCAUCGUACCAUCAAUCAAAUCGAAGAUGCUGAAAAUGGUAACCAUAAAAUUACAUUAAUAAAACAUUUAGAUUUGAUAAUACAAAAUGCUAUACAGGAAAUUAAUCAUUUAAAAUCCGUUGGUAAAUUUGUUUACAUUCAACAAAUGUAUAAAUUCAUUGAACAUAUACAAACGGUACGACAACAAAUUAUCGAUGAUGGUUGUGAUCAAUAUGAUUAUAAUAUUAAUUCCGAUUAUAAUGUUAAUUCCUAUGAUGAUUAUAAUGAUGAUGAUGAUGAUGAUAAUGAUUCAUCAAUUUGUUCAUAUUAUAAUGAUAUUGUAAUUGCAUUUGAAAUUGAAUUGAAUAAAAAAAUUAAACAUUUUGGUUGAACUCUGUUAUAAUUAUAAGUAUAAUUUGUAAAAA